CCUAUCAUACACCUUCCCAAACAUAGUUUGACCAGUAUAUGUUUUUCAGUCAGCCUGAACAGUAGAUGCUGUUCAGCUGUUCAGUUCCAAUCGUUACCUUAAACAUCUAAGCUUCCGAGCUUCCCAUCCUUCUGGCCUCUCUCCAAAAACUCUCCACAGCUUCCUCUGUUUCCGUAUCCAACAACGCCACAACUACAGCUGUCUUCCUUCAUUCAUCAAUAUCAUCACCACAUCACAGCCAUCAGGAUGAAUACACGACCUCCUCUGGAGAGUCCCAGCUCAACCGUGGUUCUCUCUAUAACCUUCAAUGACGACUGCAAGAACUUUGCCGUCGGUCUCAAUACCGGCUUCCUCAUCUUUGAGUCAGAGACAUGCCUUGCUCAGACAAUACGAGAAUUCAAUGCAGGCAUAGGCUUAGUGCAGAUGAUGGGCAAGGCUAAUUAUAUUGCCCUCGUCGGUGGUGGCAGACAGCCAAAGUUUGCCGCGAACAAGCUCAUUCUCUGGGACGAACGCAACAGCAAAUCGGCGCUCGAGAUCAGCGCCCUGACGCCGGUCCGUGGCGUCCAGCUGUCUAAGGAACGCAUCGUGGUGGUGCUGCAGAACAGCGUGCGCGUCUACCGGUUCGCUAAACCGCCCAACCUCGUGUCGUCGUACGAGACGGCCAACAACUCCUGGGGGGUGUGCUGCCUCUCGCCGCGUAUCAUCGCCUUCCCCGGGCGUACCACCGGCCACGUGCAGCUCGUCGAGACCCAGACCGGCAACGUGACCAUCAUCCCGGCGCACUCGUCCGCCGUCAAGGUGCUGCAGUUCAGCCGCGACGGCGAGAUGCUGGCUACAGCCAGUGAAAUGGGAACCCUGAUCCGCAUAUUUGCGACGAGCAACGGCGCACGGCUGGUGGAGCUGAGGCGGGGCAUCGACCCUGCGACCAUCUUCUCGCUGGCCUUCAACCCGUCGGGCAGCAUGCUGGCGUGCACGUCGGACAAGUCAACGCUGCACAUCUUUGACGUGCAGCAUCCCAAGCGACCAUCAUCCUCAUCACCGCAGAGCGGCGGCGGUAGCCCGCAAGCAAGCAGCUCGGGCUCGUCAGACAACAAUAACAGCGGCACGGACGGCGGCGGUAAGGGCAAGUGGGGGAUCCUGUCUAAGAUCCCGCUGAUGCCGCGCCUGUUCUCCGACGUCUACUCGUUCGCCUCGGCCCCGUUCGAGGCCGGCGACGAGCCCCUCGUCGGCGGCCUGCCCAUGUCCGAGAGCACCACGCUCGGCACCUCGCGGCCGCCCAAGGGCAUCAUCGGCUGGUUGACGGAUGACACGCUGCUGGUUGUCGGCGCCGGCAACGACGCGCGCUGGGAGAAGUUUGUUGUUCAGAAUGGACCCGACGGCCGGCGCCAGUGCGUCAGAGAGGGCUGGAAGCGAUAUCUUCCAGACGCCUGAGUUUCUCUUUUUUUUUCUUUUCUUCUUUACAGUUUUCACGGCAACUUUUACGGCGUUAGAGGGCAAAUGCAGACAGACAAUGGGGUGACUAGGUUUUUUUUUUUAUUUAUCAUUUUAUUCACUGGCAUCAGCGGGUAGGGAUUUUUUUUAGAGCGAGG